AUGGUUCUAUCUGGGAAAGCAUCUGCUGCCCAGCUCCAUCCAAUGAAUAUUCACCAGACCAUCAAUGUCUUCCACAAGUUAAACUUGUCCAAGCAAGUUGUAAUCGCAAACAAACUAUGUCAGAUGUGCAUCUCCCCCACUCUUUCCUACAAUUGGGCGGGAACGGCAGCCGGCAAUCCCCCGGCAACUCCACUUUCUCUGACUGAGCUCGCACGACUUGGUUCGCGUGGUGGCAAACCCACAUAGAGCGGUAUGCGGUCCGUCCCGAUAAUAUUUAAGUGCAUCAGGACCCGCUGGCCUGCUGCCAGUGCCUUCUCCCCCAACUAUGUAUAACGGCCAGCGAGUGGUCAAGCUUCCCAAUAGUGGCACAAACUGUCCUAUCAUUGGGUGAGCCAUAAUCGAAACACUUGCUGCAAUGACUUGAGCUAGGACCAGACACGGAGGCUGGGCACCCGAUGUUGGCGAAGAACGUACGACAGGCGCAAUAAAAUGGAUGACGGCCGCUCUCAAGGCAAGCAAAGAAUUAUUCGUCCAUUGCGUCUUCUGAAGGGCACACUAGAUGGGGUACCGGCACAUCGAUACUGCUCAUGGAUAUGGUCAACACAUUUCAUAUCGACCUUUCCAAGACAUUCAUGACAGGCUUUACAGGUACCGAAAAUGCAGUAGGCAAGGCAAUCAAGGAAGCGGGACUCGACAGAGAAGACGUCUUUGUAACCUCGAAACUCCCGUAAGUUUUUUCUCUGGACAAACGAUUUGGUCUAUUACUUAUCGUCGUUGUUAGACCCCACCAUCAUCAUUGUGUUAUGCAGUCUGUUCAGGAAUCUCUCGACAACCUUGGCUUCAAAUGGUUGGACAUGGUGCGAUUACCCGUCUUCAUACUUCGUCCUUUCCAACCGAAAGAUACGCUGACAGUAUCUCAUGCAUUGGCCGUUUCCCACUCAGGAAGAUGAAAGUUCGUGCAACUUAUUCCAAAUCCCAAACUUUUUGCCCACGCGGACUUCCCGAAGACGGAAAACUUUACAGUCCUGACACCCCGACCAUCCUUGAAACUUGGCAAGGCAUGGAAGAUGCGUUGCGGCAGUCAAAAUGCGAGGCUAUUGGUGUCAGCAACUUCUCGAUCAAGAAGUAAGAUUUGUCUGUUCCGAGAUUCGUCAGACCUAUGCGAUUAUCUAGCCUGGAACAAAUCUUGAAGCAUUCAAGGAGUGGGUCGACAAAUCGGCUUACCGUUUAAGGACUCAUCUUCCACAGCUAAACCGGCGAUGAAUCAGGUCGAGUAAGGGAUCUAUCCUUUCCCAUUCUUUUCUUUAGACUUUCAUCGCUUUAGAAUGCAUCCAUAUUUGGCUCAAAAUGAACUCCUUGAAUUCUGUCGCAAGAAUGACAUCGCUGUUGUUGCGUAUACUCCCACUGGUGCGUAAAAUAUUCGAGCUCCUUUCCUAGAUUCAAGUUCAGUUAUCGUUCAUAGGUUACGGUACCGUCCAGAAGGACCCCGUUAUCGUGGCGCUUGCGGAGAAAUACGGCGUCAGCUCUGCUCAAAUCAUAAUUGCGUGGCAUCUUUCGCGCGACGUCGUCGUCGUUCCACGAAGCACAAACCCCGAGCACCAAAAAGAAAACCUCAACCCCCCAACAUUGGAAGAUGAGGAUCUCAAAAAGAUUGACGCUCUCGAUCGGGGACAACGGGUCUGUAAUUUUCCAGAUGCAAAUGGUUUGGUCUGGGGUAUACCUGCUGAACGACUUGGUUGGUAAACCCGCUUCGAUGUACACGUAAAUAUAUGAGCUGUGUGACGAUGCGUGACGUGACGUGACGCGACGCGUCUUUCGUCUUGACCUCAAUGAACGGAAAUCGCAGAUUCUACAGUUCUCGUCCUACCUCUGCUAGAUAUACGAUGAAAUCACGACCAAGCACUACAAACGAUCUCGAUGAGUCGAGGAGCAAUAAAACACGACCCUGGACCGCCCAAACUCGGCCUGGCACAGCCCGACCGACGACUGCUGCGUCUGGUUUCACCACUGGUAGUUACAUCAUCGCUCUGAUUGAAGGUCGUGGCGUUGGCCAUGAAGUUGGGAUGGCGGGGCUUGAUCGAGACACAGGACGCGUGAUGCUAGUUCAGCUUGCAGACUGUCAGACCUAUGUAAAAACACUGCAUCAGAUGCAUCUCCACCCCCCAGCCCUCAUUCUUGUUCCCGAUAGCUUUCUUUCUGCCGAUGCGAAGAGACCGGCCUGCGUUCUUGUCGAGUAUAUCUUUGAAGAGUUCCCGGGUGUCCCCGUGGAGCCGGUAGGAAGGCGGAGUUGGAACGAGAGUGGAGGUCUCGAAUUUGUUUCUCAGCUCUGUGUUGAAGACGAUGAACGGGCAGGUACUUUGUUGGCUACAACAAACAAAUAUUAUGCGCUUUCAGCCGCUUGCGCCUUGUUCAAAUACGCCGAAAUCAAAUUAAACACCCGUUUUGCUGCGGCUUCUCUUCGUAUCCGCUAUGUUCCCGUUGAUGGCACGAUGAUGAUUGACCCAGAGACUGCAAGAAACCUUGAACUAGUAGGAAACAUGUCGUUUGGAAGGAAAUCGACGCAUUCGCUGUAUGGAGUUGUGAAUCAUACUUAUACUUCAAUGGCCGCGCGCUUGUUGCGCGUGAAUAUCCUCUCUCCAUUGACAGCGCAAAACACACUCGACGCUCGACUGGAUGUCGUCGAAGAGCUCGUUCAAUCCGAAGAGCGCUUCAAUGAUGUUAGAACGGGGCUCAAACCUCUAAACAAAAUGGAUCUCGACAAGCUCAUCGCCGUGCUCGCCUCAAUGGACACGACGCCAGUCUCUAGCGGUAAACCCGCUAUAGCUGCGUCUCGUGUCACUCAAAUGUUGGGUCUGCGAAACGCGGUCAAGAGCCUGCUUCCGUUGCGAUCCGCGUUGGAUGGUUGUCGAUCCCAGCUGUUGCAAAUAAUUCAUGAGAUGCUCUCGGAUGAGCGACUAGAGAGGAUAGAGCGUCUUGUUUGUGCGAAUUUGAACGAAGACGGUGCAACGAAGAAGGGCGGGAUCGGCGCAGUAAACGCACGAGUCUACGCUGUCAAAUCGAAUUGCAAUCGCCUUCUCGAUGUCGCCCGUGAAACUUAUAGAGAAAAUGUGCAAGACAUUUAUGCACUCAAUACCAAGCUUUCAGAGGCCCAUGAACUUCCACUGACAUUGGAAUACCAAGUAAACGGCUUCGUGUUUGUGUUGAAGAAGACCGAUCUUCCUGACGGCGAAUCGUUACCCCGAGGAUUCAUCAAUGCCCAGUUCAAGCGGAAUAAAUGGAUAUUUUCGAGUAUGGAUUUGAAGAAGAUGAAUGCGCGUAUGAAGGAUGCCUUGGAUGAGUCGCUCAUCCUCAGCGAAAAAACCAUCGACGAACUGGUCGCGGAGAUUCUGGUCGACGUUGGAGCGCUGUACAAGGCCUCUGAAGCGGUUGCUCUCCUCGAUAUGCUGUGGUCUUUUGCACAUACGUCGAUAAUGCACAAUUAUGUUCGUCCAGAGUUCACCGGGACCCUGGCAAUCAAGUCAGGCCGCCAUCCUAUCCUCGAGACUGUCAACUCUGCGGGGAAUCUGGUCCCAAAUGACGUAUAUUGCGACGACUCUUCCUCGUUCCAGAUUGUCCAGGGCCCGAACAUGUCUGGCAAAAGCACAUAUCUCCGCCAAGUAGGCCUCUUGACCGUCCUCGCCAUGUGUGGAUGCUUUGUGCCUGCCGAAUACGCCAGUUUCCGACUGCACGAUGCUUUGUUGACUCGACUAUCCAAUGACGAUGACUUGGAACGCAGUUUAAGUACGUUUGCGAGCGAAAUGGCGACAUCUGCUAUGAUUCUGGGACUCGCUACUCCGCGUUCUCUGGUAAUUAUCGACGAGUUGGGAAGGGGCACAUCUCCACGAGAAGGAGUGGGUAUUUCGCAUGCAAUCGCAGAAGGGCUCAUUCAGAGCAAGUGUUUCGUGUUCUUCGCAACACAUUUCCACGAGCUGACCACGACUCUUUCUCGUCAACCAUCUGUGAUCAACUUGCACCUCUCCGUCCAGCGAACGUCAAAAUCGACCGCAAAUUUUGGGAUGUCAUUCCAGUACAAGAUCAUUGAUGGGUCUCCAACAGACUUGAGUCAUUAUGGCCUGGAACUAGCAACACUCGCAGAUUUCCCAAGAGACGUUGUAGCUGAAGGUAAGCGAGUGGCCACCAAGCUUGCCGCAUUGCAUGCGCGUCAAGAGGAAGACAGCGAAAGUAACAAGGUCGCAAUCCGGCGAAAAGCGCUUCUGAGGCUGAGAACACAAUUGGUCCAGGCAUAUGAACACUCCGCAUUGCCCGAUGAGGAGCUCGUGGCCUAUAUCCGGCGUUUCCAGGUCGACAUCGCGAAAGCAUUUCUGUAG